CGGACGUCCCCCCCAACCUGCUAGGAGGGAGUGGGAGCCGAGAGCUGUCACCCCCUUUUCCUUCCCCCACCGGGUCCUUACGGAGAUGGGGGGCCCCCCGGGCCGGCGCCCGCAGGCUGCUGCAGUUGGCGAAUGAGGUGACCAUGGCCUUGCUGGGGAAGCGCUGUGACCUCCCCGCCAACGGCUGCGGGCCUGACCGCUGGAGCUCGGCCUUCACUCGCAAAGACGAGAUCAUCACCAGCCUCCUGUCUGCCUUAGACUCCAUGUGCUCCGCGCUCGCCAAGCUGAACGCCGAGGUAGCCUGCAUCGCUGUACACGAUGACAGCGCCUUCGUGGUGGGCACCACCAAGGGCCGGAUGUUCCUGAGCGCCAGGAAGGAGCUGCAGUCAGACUUCCUCAGGUUCUGCCGAGGGUCCCUGUGGAAGGAUCCAGAGGCAGAGCACCCCAAGAAGGUGCUGCGGGGUGAGGGUGGAGGCCGAGGCGCCCCACGGUCUUCCCUGGAGCACGGCUCGGAUGUGUACCUGCUGCGCAAGAUGGUGGAGGAGGUGUUCGAUGUCCUCUAUAGCGAGGCCCUGGGCACGGCCAACGUGGUGCCUCUGCCCUACGAGCGGCUGCUGCGGGAGCCGGGCCUGCUGGCUGUGCAGGGGCUACCUGAGGGCCUGGCUUUCCGUCGGCCUGCUGAGUAUGACCCCAAGGCACUCAUGGCUAUCUUGGAGCACAGCCAUCGCAUCCGCUUCAAGCUCAAGAGGCCCCUCGACGACAGCAGCCGGGACUCCAAGGCUCUGGUGGAGCUGAAUGGCAUCUCCCUACUGCCCAAGACGUCCCGGGACUGCAGCCUGCACAGCCAGGCUCCCAAGGUGCCCCCACAGGACCUGCCCCCCAGCGCCACCACCUCCUCCAUGGCCAGCUUCCUCUACAGCCCGGGCCUGCCCAGCCAUGCUGUCGUCCGUGAUAUUAAGCAGGAGCCGAACCCCUGUCCCCUUACCUCCAGCGACCUGGGCCUGGGCCUGCCGGUGCCUGAGCCCAAGGCCCCCGGUGUCCAGGAUUUCUCCGACUGCUGUGGACAGAAGCCCACAGGGCCCACCGGGCCUCUCAUCCAGAAUGUCCAUGCCUCCAAGCGUAUUCUGUUCUCCAUUGUCCAUGACAAGUCAGAGAAGUGGGACGCCUUCAUCAAGGACACGGAGGACAUCAACACGCUGCGGGAGUGCGUGCAGAUCCUGUUCAACAGCAGAUAUGCGGAAGCCUUGGGUCUGGACCACAUGGUCCCUGUGCCCUACAGGAAGAUUGCCUGUGACCCGGAGGCUGUGGAGAUUGUGGGUAUCCCAGACAAGAUCCCCUUCAAGCGCCCCUGCACUUAUGGGGUCCCCAAGCUGAAGCGGAUCCUGGAGGAGAGACAUAGCAUCCACUUUGUCAUAAAAAGGAUGUUCGAUGAGCGGAUUUUCACAGGGAACAAGUUUACCAAAGACUCCACGAAGCUGGAGCCGGCCAGCCCGCCCGAGGACACCUCCGGGGAGGGCUCCAGGGCUGCCAUCCUUGACCUGGGUGCUACCACCUGGUCAGACAAGGGCAGCAUCUCUGAAGACUGUGGGGCAGGGACCUCUGGGGAGCUGGGCCUGCUGCGGCCAAUCAAGAUUGAGCCCGAGGACCUGGACAUCAUCCAGGUCACCAUCCCAGACCCUUCGCCAACCUCCGAGGAGAUGAUGGACUCGCUGCCCGACCCGCUGCCCUCUGAGGACUCCGGCUACGGCAUGGAGAUGGUGGCUGACAAAGGGCCUAGUGAGGACCCGCGGCCAGAGGAGCGGCCCGUGGAGGACAGCCACGGGGAUGUGAUCCGGCCACUGCGGAAGCAGGUGGAGCUGCUCUUCAACACGCGAUAUGCUGAGGCCAUCGGCACCUCGGAGCCAGUCAAGGUGCCCUACUCCAAGUUCCUGAUGUACCCCGAGGAGCUGUUCGUGGUGGGGCUGCCCGACGGCAUCUCCCUGCGCCGGCCCAACUGCUUCGGCAUUGCCAAGCUGCGCAAGAUCCUGGAGGCCAGCAACAGCAUCCAGUUCAUCAUCAAGAGGCCAGAACUGCUCACUGAAGGUGUCAAGGAGCCUGUGGCAGAUAGUCAAGAACGGGAUUCCGGGGACCCCGUUGUGGACGAGAGCCCAAGGAGACAGGGCUUCCCAGAAAAUUAUGACGCCAGACUCUCCCGGAUUGACAUUGCCAACACGCUGCGGGAGCAGGUCCAGGACCUGUUCAAUAAGAAAUACGGGGAAGCCUUGGGUAUCAAGUACCCAGUCCAGGUGCCCUACAAGCGGAUCAAGAGCAACCCUGGCUCAGUGCUCAUUGAGGGGCUGCCCCCAGGAAUCCCCUUCAGAAAGCCCUGCACCUUUGGCUCCCAGAACCUGGAACGGAUCCUGGCCGUAGCUGACAAGAUCAAGUUCACGGUCACCAGGCCAUUCCAAGGACUCAUCCCGAAGCCUGAUGAGGAUGACGCCAACAGGCUUGGGGAGAAGGUGAUCCUUCGGGAGCAGGUGAAGGAGCUCUUCAAUGAGAAAUACGGAGAGGCCCUGGGCCUGAACCGGCCGGUGCUGGUGCCCUACAAGCUGAUCCGAGACAGCCCUGACGCUGUGGAGGUCACAGGCCUGCCUGAUGACAUCCCUUUCCGGAACCCCAAUACCUACGACAUCCACCGGCUGGAGAAGAUCCUGAAGGCACGGGAGCACAUGCGCAUAGUCAUCAUCAACCAGCUGCAACCCUGUACAGAAACCUCCAGUGACGCCAAGGUGCCAGCCCGAGACAGCGUCCCCAAGCGCAAGAGGAAGAGGGUCUCUGAAGGCAACUCCGUGUCCUCCUCCUCGUCGUCUUCCUCCUCCUCAUCCUCCAACCCAGAGUCUGUGGUGUCCACCAACCAGAUUUCACUCGUGCAGUGGCCAAUGUACAUGGUGGACUACACCGGGCUCAACGUGCAGCUGCCGGGACCCCUCAAUUACUGGACCUCAGCGCCCAACCAGGACCUCACAGAAAGACUAAAGGAAGUAUAAUUUAUGUACAAAGUGUAUAUUCGGAUAUGUAUCGAUGCCUUUUAGUUUUUCCAAUGAUUUUUACACUAUAUUCCUGCCACCAAGGCCUUUU